GAGAGUCAUGGCGGCGCGCGCCGACGACCUACAGCCCCACCUCGCGGACCUACGUCUCUUCGAGCCGAUGCACCACGUCUUUAUCCAAGCUGCGCGUUUUGGCAACCUGCGGCUCAAUGCCAAGAAGUGCGCCAUCACCCCGCUCCGGGCGCGGCUGGACGACAACGCCAGGUGCAAGAUCCACGAGCACCUCAUGCUGAACACCCCCGACUCGCCCCCUUCAAGACUGCGGGCGAAGACCGCUAUUUGCGGGCGCAUGUGGGGCCCGAGGAUGGCCGCGUUCGGGCAGACGCUUGCGCUGAUAAACUCCAACGCGCGCGUGCACCGGGCCUCUGUCACCACGGUCCUCGGACACCCCGCCCAGUUGCUCGACAUCCCCACG